AUGGAAGCUUACUUGCAAAAGAAGAGAAGAUGGCCUUUGUUCUUGGAUGGUAUUGAGGAGGAAGAUGGGGAAGAUGAAGUUGUGGAGGUGGCAGCAGCAGAUGUACAAGCAGGAGCAGAUGGGGGUGCAACACCAAAACCGGCUGCAAAAAAACCAAGUUAUGGGACAGCCGCCAAGAGAAGGCAUGCUACCUAUCAAUUCAAGGCUUCAAGACCUAGCAAUGUCAAUUCAACACCAAAGACACCAAAGACAACAAAGUUUGUUGUUGCUAUGCUUAGAAGAACACCUGAACAGAUAGUAGAUCAAAGGCGUGCAAAGGACUUUCAACCCACCAUUGAGUCCAGCACAAAGACUAAGGAGGAGAAGCAAUAUGUGGAUUUGCAAUGGGCACUAUGGUUCAUGGAGUGUGGUGUAUCCUUUAAUGCAGCAAAUUCAAGGCAAUUUGAGAUUGCCUUUGAUGCAUCAAGUCAAGUUCAUAGUGCAACAAUGUUAGCUGAUUUGUUACAGGAGAAGAUUGAGGACAUUGGAAAGGACAAUGUUGUUCAAGUUGUGACCAACAAUGGUGCUAACUACAAGGCUGCUGGUAAGAUUUUGAUGGAUAGUUUUCCCACACUAUUUUGGAGUCCUUGUGCUGCACAUUGCUUGGAUCUGAUGUUGGAAGAAAUUGGGAACUUGAAGGCAUUUAAGAAACCUAUUGCACGUUCUAGGCAUGUCACCACAUUCAUUUAUAGGCAUGGGAGGCUUCUUAGUGCAAUGAGGGCUCAAACAGGUGGGACUGAUCUUGUUAGGGCAGCAAAGACUCGAUUUGCCACAUCAUUUCUGACAUUGAAGAGUUUGUACAAGAAUAAGGAUGCCUUGAAGAGCUUGUUUGUUAGUGAAGCAUUGAUUGGGAACAUCUUGUGUACAACUACAGCAGUAGAAGAUUGCCUAAGAGCUUCAGCGCCACUCUUAAUUGCUUUGAGGGCUGUUGAUGGUGAUGAGAAGCCUGCAAUGCCUGAGGUCACGGCUCUAAUGAAUCAUGCAAAAGAUAGGAUAAAGCUCAGCUUCAAUAUAUCAACCAAGCAGGGCCUGCUCAAGCGUAUCAUGGACAUUAUUGAGAAGCGUUGGGUGAACCAAAUGGAGCAUCCAUUGUAUGGGGCUGCACUAUAUUUGAACCUAGGAAAAUUUUAUCCUCUUGUAAAAGCUAAUGAUGAUGCCACUGUUGGGCAGCUAAGAGGUUGUUUUAUUGAAGUGCUUGGAAGAAUGAUACCAGAUGUGGAAACACAAAUGAAGAUUAAUAGUCAUUCAAGAAAUGUUCCUGUUCCUGCUACUGAAGAUGGAGAAGAGGAAGAUGAAGUUGAAGACCCACAUGAUGAUGCGGAAGUGAGCGAGUGUGAAGAAGAUGGCAAUGUUCCUGCUACUGAAGAAGACAAGGCUGCUGAUCCUGAUGAGUUUGAUGAUGGAUUUUGA